CGCCCCCUCCGCCGUGUCCUGCGCAGGCCCGCCCCCAGGCUCCCGUGACCCACCAGCCAUGGUAAACCUGGGCCUGUCCCGGGUGGACGACGCCGUAGCCGCCAAGCACCCGGGACUGGAGGAGUAUGCCGCGUGCCAGUCGAACGCGUUCAUGAAGGGCAUUUUCACCUUUGUCUCAGGCACCGCUGCAACCCUCGGCCUGCAGAUGUUCAUUCAAAAGAAGUUUCGGUACCCCUUCCAGUGGAACGUGCUGGUGGCCGUGGUCACAGGCUCAGUGGCCAGCUACUGGAUGACCCGAGUGGAGUCGCACAGAUGCAGCAACCUCUGGCUCUUCCUGGAGACAGGGCAGCUCCCCAAAGACCUGGGCACAGAUGCGCGCCACUAGGAGAUCUCCCGCUGGGGCGCAGAAGACUCAGGCCAGAGACUUCUAGAACACAACCCUCGGGGCCUCCGCACGCCAGGCUGGCCCUCCCCCCUCACAAAGGCCCUCCCCACACCCUAAGGUGACCCAACGGUGUCCCCUGCACACGGGCGUGGCCAGAUCUGCUAAACCUGCGCAGACCGCCCCGCCCCCCAUCCGGGAGGCCAGACCGAGGGGCUGUCCCUGUGGUAGGUAGUUGGCCUCCCACAGGGCAGCGAGAAACACCGUGGCCGCUGAGAGCUGCAGAGGAUCAGAGAGGCUCUGGGCGCUUGGCGAAAGGGCCGUCUGCAGGCGCCGUGCUCUGACACUCCCUGUCCGGCCGCAGCAUCCCCCACGGUCCGAGGUGACAGCGGCUGCAGGGGGUCGUAGGACAAAUAAAUGCUUGCCCUUUUAC